UAGGAGUAUUUGUUUCCUCUGCAGUGUAAGAGCAGGGAUUUGCAGUAGAAGAAUCAAACUUCAAUAAAUUGAAUAGCUAAAUUGGGGCUGAAAUUCGCGGUUUUACCAACUUAUGCACUACCUUGGAAGUAUCUGAAAGUUCUUGAGAAGGGAUUAUUCUGGUUUUGUGGAUAAAUUAUUCUCCACAAUGUGUUCGAUUCCUGAUAAAAGCAUGCUACCUUCAAAAUUUCUGUUCUGUCUAAUAGCCAUUUCUGUUUUCCUUUUGAUAGUUUCUUCACUUUCCCUUUUUCAAUUUGCUGACCAUUCUUUUAUGCCCAAAUCAGUUUUUAGUUUAGUUCUUGUUAAUGAUACUUCAGUUUACUUGACCUCAAGUAGUGGGGAAUCUAAAGAUGCUUUCUUGCCUGCUGAAACUUCACAUGAACAAAUACUCAAAACCCAAGAGUUGGCUUAUGAAACUUCCAGUUUCGGCAACGAUUCCGGUGGAUUAGGAAUUGGGAAAUCUUGUGGUCCAGAACAAGCUCUCCUUAGAGUGUAUAUGUAUGACUUACCUCCUGUAUUUCACUUUGGGCUAUUAGGUUGGAAAGGAAGUAAGGAUGAAACAUGGCCUAGUGUUAGUAACCCGAGCCAAAUACCCUCGUACCCUGGGGGCUUAAAUUUACAGCACAGCAUUGAAUAUUGGCUUACUCUUGACCUUCUAUCCUCAAAUACCCCAAAUAUUAAUGGACCUUGCAAUGCUGUCAGAGUAUCAAAUUCGAGUGAAGCAGAUGUAAUCUUUGUGCCCUUCUUUUCGUCGUUGAGUUACAACAGGCAUUCUAAGGUACUAGGGAAGAAGAAAAUCAGUCUCAAUAGAGUGCUGCAGGAUAAACUGGUGGAAUUUUUAAAAGGUAGAGACGAGUGGAAGCAAAGGGGCGGAAAGGAUCAUCUGAUCAUAGCUCACCACCCUAAUAGUAUGUUGGAUGCAAGAGAGAAGCUUGGUUCCGCCAUGUUUGUACUUGCAGAUUUUGGAAGGUAUGGAGCCGAAAUAGCAAACAUUGAAAAGGAUGUGGUUGCUCCUUACAAACAUAUGGUCCAGACAAUAGGUGCUGACAGCUCGCCCUCAUUCAGACAACGAGAUACAUUAGUUUACUUCCAAGGGGCAAUCUUUAGAAAAGAUGGUGGAGAGAUUCGUCUGGAAUUAUACUACCUUCUCAAAGAUGAAAAAGAUGUACAUUUCACAUUUGGAAGUAUCCAAUCGCAUGGUGUUAGGGAUGCUGGAAAAGGAAUGUCCUCGUCCAAAUUCUGCCUGAAUAUUGCUGGAGACACUCCAUCUUCAAAUCGUCUCUUUGAUGCCAUUGCUAGGCACUGUGUUCCGGUAAUAAUUAGCGAUGAUAUUGAGCUUCCAUUCGAAGAUGUUCUUGAUUACUCGGAGUUUUGUGUGUUUGUCCAUUCAUCUGAUGCUGUAAAGAAGGGGUACCUUCUGAACUAUCUUAGAGGAAUGAAGGAAGAUCAGUGGACCAAAAUGUGGGAAAGGCUAAAGGUGGUCAGCAAACAUUUUGAAUAUCAAUCUCCAUCCCAAACUAAUGAUGCAGUGGAUAUGAUUUGGCAGGCAGUUUCAAGGAAGGUGUCACAUAUACAGCUGAAGGAUCACCGUAACAACAGAUUCCACAGGUCACAGCAUUCGUGAUUAUUUAUGUGAAAUUUGAAUCAAUCAUCCUGUACUUCUAGGAGAUCAGAUGCCAGAUUGAGCUGGAUUCUCUUAUCUUACGGUAUGAAAAUGUUUUUGCUGUAACCAAUUUUCAAAACAAUUUGUAAAUUCUUUUCAUUUAUGAUUGCAAACACCACUCUCCUGCCUUAUAACUAGGGUUCUUUUUAACCACCAGGAUUUAUCACUGACAUAAAUGGAAUUGUAUAACACAAAUGACAAAGCAUGAUACUCUGUUCAACUAACGUGUACAGUAAAAGAAAACUAUUAAGAGG